GCCUGGAGCCCCGCGAUGGAGAUGGCAGAGGCGGAAUUGCACAAGGAAAGGCUGCAAGCCAUAGCAGAAAAAAGAAAGAGGCAGACUGAAAUAGAAGGCAAGCGGCAAGAGCUUGACGAGCAGAUACUUCUGCUGCAGCAUUGCAAGUCCAAAGUGCUUCGGGAAAAAUGGCUGCUGCAGGGUAUACCCGCUGGAAAUGCCGAAGAGGAGGAAGCCAGGAGACGGCAGUCUGAGGAGGAUGAGUUCAGAGUCAAACAACUUGAAGAUAACAUUCAGAGGCUGGAGCAGGAAAUACAGGCGCUAGAAAGUGAAGAGUCGCAGAUAUCUGCCAAAGAGCAAAUUAUCCUAGAGAAACUCAAGGAGACGGAGAAAUCCUUCAAGGACUUACAGAAGAGCUUCUCCAACACGGAUGGAGAUGCAGUAAAUUACAUUUCCUCCCAGCUCCCCGACCUGCCAAUCCUCUAUUCACGAACAGCAGAACCAUCACCUGGGCAGGACAGGACCAGCAGAGCAGCUGCUGUGUACGCCAUGGAAAUUAAUGUGGAGAAAGACAAACAAACAGGAGAGACCAGGAUUCUCUCUACAUCCACCAUUGGCCCAGAGGGGGUCCAUCAGAGAGGCGUCAAAGUCUAUGACGAUGGUACCAAAGUAGUGUAUGAGGUACACUCAGGAGGCACCGUAGUAGAAAACGGAGUGCACACAUUAAGCUCCAAGGAUGUAGAAGAGCUUAUUCAGAAGGCUGGACAAUCAAGCUUAAGAGGAGGGCACGUGUCAGAAAGGACUGUAAUUGCAGAUGGGAGCCUCGGCCACCCUAAGGAACACAUGCUCUGCAAAGAGGCCAAGUUAGAAAUGGUACAUAAGUCUAGGAAAGAUCAUUCUUCCGGGAACCCAGGGCAGCAGGCCCAAGCCCCCAGCACUGCAGGGCCCGAGGCAAACUUGGAUCAGCCAGUCACCAUGAUUUUCAUGGGCUACCAAAAUAUCGAGGAUGAAGAGGAGACGAAAAAGGUGCUAGGCUAUGACGAAACCAUCAAGGCCGAAUUGGUCCUCAUUGACGAAGACGAUGAGAAGUCGUUGAGGGAGAAGACAGUGACGGAUGUGUCCACUAUUGAUGGGAACGCAGCCGAGCUUGUGUCUGGGAGGCCGGUCUCAGACACCACAGAGCCCUCGUCCCCAGAAGGGAAGGAAGAGAGCUUGGCCACAGAGCCAGCCCCAGGAGUCGGGUGGGAGAGUGUGCUGCUAAAGGGAGAUGAACAAGCCUCAGACGCGGCAGAGACAUUCAGCGCAGACAUGACUAUCAAGAAGCCUCCCCAGCUUUCCGAGGAUGAUAUCCGGCUAAAAAACGAGAGAGACAAUUGUAGUGCCAACCCCCUGGAUCCUGCGAUCAGCUCCCUUCCCCCAGAUCACAAAAACAUGGAAAUUGAGGUCUCGGUUACAGAAUGUAAAAGUGUUCCUGGAAUCGCCUCUGCUCCACAUUCCAUGGACCACGCCUCCCCUUUCUAUUCACCCCCCCACAACGGCCUCCUCGCUGACCACCAUGAAACUCUGGAUAAUGACGUGGCCAGAGAGAUCCGAUAUCUAGACGAGGUGCUGGAGGCCAAUUGCUGUGAUUCUGCUGUGGACGGAACUUACAACGGCACAUCUUCCCCGGAGCCUGGAGCAGCCAUCCUGGUGGGCAACCUAAGCCCACCUGCCCACACCACCGUCCAGCUGGAACCCACUGAGAGAGCAGCCGGCAGGCAGGUGCCUCCCCACAUUGAGCUCACUAAAAGCAACUCUGACACCAUGGCAGAGGGUGAAAGAGUGAACGGCCACUCCCCUGACCAGCCUAGAGACCUGCUGGGGGACAACCUGCAGGCACCCGUGAGCCCCAGUUCCUCCACCAGCUCAUGGUGUUCCCGAGAUGGGGAGUUCACACUCACCACACUAAAGAAGGAAGCCAAGUUUGAGCUGCGUGCCUUCCACGAGGACAAGAAGCCCUCCAAGCUCUUUGAGGAUGACGCGAAUGAGAGAGAACAAUACUGUGUCCGGAAAGUGAGGCCUUCCGAAGAGAUACUGGAGCUGGAAAAGGAGAGGAGGGAACUCAUUCGGAGCCAGGCUAUGAAAAAGAACCCUGGCAUUGCGGCAAAAUGGUGGAAUCCUCCCCAGGAAAAAACCAUCGAGGAGCAGCUGGAUGAGGAACAUCUGGAGUCACACAAAAAGUACAAGGAACGCAAGGAGAGACGGGCACAGCAGGAGCAGUUGCUGAUGCAGCAGCAGCCCCCGCCCCAGCUCUGCACAGCCCCUGCCUCCUCGACUCGGGAACCUCCCAGCAUGACCGAAAAUGCAAAGGUGGACGUCGUCACAGACCAGAUAGAUUUCUCUGCUGCCCGCAAACAGUUCCAGCAGAUGGAGAAUUCCAGGCAAGCAGUGGCCAAGGGCCAAAGUACACCCAGGCUCUUCUCUAUCAAGCCCUUCUAUAGGCCCCUGGGUUCAAUCAACUCAGACAAGCCACUGAUCAUCUCGAGACCAGCUUCCAUCGGGGGUCCUCCGGAAGACAGUGGCGCACCAGCAGCCAAAGGGCAGAAAGCCCACUGCUCCCUGGAAAGCCAGUCUCCAGGAGGAGGCCAGGGCAGUGCGGCUCCUCAGGGGAAGGAAGGACCCUACAGCGAGCCCUCCAAACGCGGGCCCUUGUCCAAACUGUGGACAGAGGACGGAGAGUUUACGAGCGCGCGGGCCAUCCUCACUGUGGUCAAGGAUGACGACCCUGGGAUUUUGGAUCAGUUUUCCAAGUCAGUCAGUGUCUCCUUGACCCAAGAGGAGCUUGACUCUGGUUUGGAUGAAUUGUCAGUGAGGUCUCAGGAUACCACUGUCCUGGAGACCCUGUCCAAUGAUUUUAGCAUGGACAACAUCAGUGACAGCGGGGCCUCCAAUGAGACAACCAAUGCUCUCCAGGAAAAUUCACUGGCUGAUUUUUCUCUGCCCCAGACUCCCCAAACUGACAACCCCUCAGAAGGCCGAGGAGAAGGGGUCUCCAAGUCAUUUAGUGAUCAUGGUUUCUAUUCCCCUUCGUCCACACUGGGAGACUCUCCGUCGGUGGAUGAUCACUUGGAAUAUCAGGCUGGCCUCCUGGUGCAGAAUGCCAUUCAACAAGCCAUAGCCGAGCAAGUGGAUAGAGCUGUGUCUGAAACCAACAAGCACGGACCAGAACAGCAGGGACCUAAAGCAACACCAGAGGAAGCUGGAACCGGGGCUCCCAGCUCAGAGAAGCCUCAGAGCAUGUUUGAGCCACCUCAGGUGUCCUCUCCUGUUCAUGAGAAAAGGGAUGUAUUACCAAAGAUUCUGCCUGCUGAAGACAAGGCGCUCAGGGAACGGGGGCCCUCCCCGCCACUGGCAGCAGUGCAGCCCAGUGGCCCAAUAAACAUGGAGGAGACCAGACCGGAAGGGAGCUAUUUUAGCAAGUACUCAGAGGCAGCUGAGCUGAGAAGCACCGCCUCACUCCUGGCCACUCAAGAAUCUGAUGUGAUGGUUGGGCCCUUCAAGCUGAGGUCAAGAAAGCAGCGGACUUUGUCCAUGAUCGAAGAAGAGAUCCGAGCAGCCCAGGAAAGGGAAGAGGAGCUGAAGAGGCAGAGACAAGUCUUGCAAAGUACCCAGAGUUCCAGGGCAAAGAAGGCCUCAUCACUGCCCUCCCGAACAUUAUGCUACAAAACUGUUCCAGGGAAAAUAGAGAAAGUCAGACCUCCUUCAUCCCCCACACCUGAAGGCCCCAGCUUGCAGCCUGACUUAGCCCCUGAAGAGGCUGCCGGAGCCCAGCGGCCCAAGAAUCUGAUGCAGACCCUCAUGGAAGACUAUGAGACACACAAAUCUAAAAGGCGCGAGAGAAUGGAUGAUGGUAGUUACACCUCUAAGUUACUGUCUUGCAAGGUGACUUCCGAGGUCCUUGAGGCCACCCGUGUUAAUCGAAGGAAGAGUGCGCUGGCCUUGCGCUGGGAGGCGGGGAUCUAUGCCAACCAGGAGGAAGAGGACAAUGAAUAAUAAACUUCCUUCCAUCCAGGAAGCUUCAUUGGUGCUUGGGUUACCAAGAAACCAAGCAAUCAACACAUCAAAGCAUUUUAAUGGAAUAUUUAUUAAAGUGCAAACAAACUCAGCAAUCCUUAUGUAGACCAGAAGCUGCAAUAUACAAUGAUGAAAAAUAAAGUGAAAAGACCACCCAUCAAACUCUAAACACCCAGGAGUCAACAGAGAAAGGAAUUUUGGUGACUCAGAGAAUCUCCUAAAUUUGGACCAAUCCACACCUGAUACAAAAGGACAAAGUAGUUAUAAGCAAAUCCACAUGGUUGCUACAGGCAGAACUAAGACCAACCUUGCUGGGUGGUGAGGACAAACAAUGGUGAUGGGGCCAUUUAGAGAGCAGUAGAGCCCAAGCUGGUGCAGUCUACACAGCAUAGGAUGUUUGUCGGCACCCGUUUCCCACCCAUCGCUCACAGCAUCAGAGGUGUUGGGUUAACAUUUACUUCAGCAGCCAUAAAACAAAUACCGUUUCUCUCUAUAUUUGCCGAGAAGAGGCAAUUAUGAUUCCAUUUCUCUUACAUUUAAUUGGGAGCAAUUAAUGAUUGCAAUACACAAAAUCCAUAUUUUUAAGACAAUGCUUCUUCAUGUUGCAAACACAAUCUAUUCUACAUUAGGAGGUUGAGAAAGGGGGAGAAAGCCAAACCAAAUGGAUUAUUUUAGCUUUAGGAUCUCGUCUGCUUAUAGUAUUGACUGAUCUGCAGUUUAUGAGAACACAUUUUCACAAUUAUGUUUCUUCACAUGAAAAUUAUAUUUAGUGGGCAACGACUAUUUUUAUGAUGGGAUGGGGGAAUAUAUACAUGUAUAAAACCUAUACACAUUGAACAGCCUGGUUCAAGAGGGUUAGGGGUAUUUUUUAGAGUGGCAAUAAUUGAAAAAAGGGUGAACUCUGCCUUAGAGAGAUAGAUGACAAGAAAUAAAAAGGGGUUUAUAUUUUAUAUGAUAAAGUGGACCUUAGGGGUGGUAGGAAGAAUGAGAUUAUUUUGGGUCAAUCAGAAAUGAAACAUGAAAGAAAGGUCAUGAAGGUAGAGAGAGACUAAGGGAGGGAGAAAGUAGGAAAAUAAGGAAGAUAUUUUUGCUGAGCAAUCAGUGUUUUUCAGGAUCAUACAGAGAAAAAUAUAGAAGUUUAAGUGCAGGCCUGGGAUCAGCUACAAAUCCUAAAGAUGGUGUGUGUGUGUGUGUGUGUGUGUGUGUGUGUGUGUGUGUGUGUGUGUGUAUGUGUGUGUGUACACGUGCGUGUACCUGUGUACACAUACCUUUGUGUAUUUGUGUAACGUGUAUGCUCAUGAGUAGGGGUGUGUAUGUGUGUGCGCAUGCUCAUGCGUGUGUGCGCGUGUGUAUGGAUUAAAAUUCCAGAAUGAUCAUGGGACAAGAAUGUACAGUUAUUUCCUCCAAAGCUGUUAACCAGCGUCAGGAGUGAGUGAGAAUUUCUUUUUUAUGAAAAGGGAUAUAGAGGCACCGAACUGAUGCAGUAUUUGUAAUAUUAAAUUGAGCUAACAUGGUAUUUGCAUGAGUCACAAAUUGCAGAGUUUUGAGCAGUUUUGUAAUUUGACACUUAGGAAGGUAUCAUAUUUAUUCUCAUGCUUUGUAUUCAUGCUUAGUAUAUACUAUAGAGGAUGCCAGCUUUACUCUUUCUGUCAUUUAAAGCAAUAUGAUAAGGGUGUUCAAUAAUUGGAUGCCCUAAAUUUCUGGAUGAGAAAAAUUUCAAUUCUGGCCAUGAGAAAAAAAACAACUGACCAGCCUUUUUUUUCCCUUUUGUUUUAAAACUGUUUUGUUUUGUUUUUUUUUUUAAAAAGCAAUAAUUAAGUCAGACCUCACUAAAACCCAUUUUUGUUUUUAUAUUGUUGUGUCAUAAGCUCUAAUAUGUUAUUCUGACAAGUAGCAAUUCCACAAAGUUUGUAUGUAGAUGUUAUGCACAUUAUUUUUUAUUAGACUAGUGUUGACUUUAGGGGAAAGUAAUUCACAGACAAGUGGCAGGCGCUAAGUAAAAAUGGAACUGUCUGAUAAUUUAUAAGGAUCCUUUAAAACUGCUAAGGGAAGCUGCAACUUGAAGCCAGAUUCUACAGGUAGGCAGUUGGCGCCAUCUUUACAUAUAGUUCAUUCUCCUGAAUAGUCAACAGAAUGUGUUAGCCACUGGGGGACACCAAACUAGUAAGAUUCCUGCUGCAAGGAAUUCAUUUUCGAGCCGGGAGGCUGGCAUGGAAGCAGACAUUCUCAGGAAAAUGAGAUCUGGGUUGGAUUAGAUGGGUGAAAUGGCAUCACCUAGGAAGGAUGCUUCGCCUGAAGAUUUCCAGUGAUCCCAAGGCAGGCAGGCGAAUGAAAACGCGGGGCAGCCGCUUUGUGUGGCCAAGGGCACAGCGGCAGCUAGGAUGGCUGGGGAGCAGAGUGCUUCUGUGGGUGGCCCAAUAAAAUGAAAUGUGCUUCAUGUGUUCUGGACUGACUCUGGAUCUGGAAAACACCAUAGGCAUGAUCUAGACAAAGUCCCCCAUCUUUCACAAGAGGAAUCAGUCCUCAGGACGUCACCUGAAGUGUUUUGUUCUGUUGUGAAGGAGACCACCGAGUACCCAUCGGAAACCUACUUUUGAGAAGAGAAUGUGCAGUUGAAAGGAUUGCUUAGAAGGCCACACAAUCAUGGAAUCGCUUUAGAGCCAGACAGAUUGGUCUUUUGACUACAGCCAGUUGAACCAGAAGCACUUAACUGCACACAGGGAGUUAUAGAGCUGGAGUUCUUUGGUCUACACUCCAUGUGUAGAUACAGCAUCAAAUGCAGAGUUCCCAUGACUGUCCCGCAGUCACAUAGCUGUUUAACUGUGGCCCCUACGUUUCUGAUGUUUGCUUGUUCCUUACCCUGCCUUCUGGAUAUCUGUUGUCCAUUUCCUCCCUCCACCUACUUAUUAUCCUAUUAACAUGUAAACGACAGUUCCCUUGGGAGAGCCUGAUUGUCUACGUGCUCAUGAGUUAUUUCCUCACUCAAGAAACAUUGGGCCAAUGCUUUGUACAUAGCACUGUGCUAGGCUCUGGGAUCCCAAAGGAACCCCUUGUAACUUCCUGAAGAUGCAACAGACCCCUGGAGGGGAAGUCAUUCCUGCCUAAUCGAGCGAGAGGAAGAGGCUUCUGGGAAACUUGGCCUCAGUUGCUUGUCCCUGCCCCCAAAUAGCACGCACACUUGUUAAUCUCAACUCUCACAAAUGUUUAGAUUCUGUAGAUGUUAAAAGCUUUCCUGAAAGUAUUCCAUUCUGCAGUGUUUAUAGAUGUUCACUUUCCUCUAGAACCGAUGAACUGCUGACACGCCUUGGCUUUCUCAUCUAGAAAUUAUGGAAAACAGGGUCUGUCAGUGGCAGGAGACCAGGCUGUGUUCUACUCAGAUCAUACAAUGCAAUUGCCUUGCCUCUACACCCGUGCAUGCUGCCCACCCUAGAAAAUGACAUAUAAGCAGUAUAUUGAUCAGUGUCCACAUAUAUACACAACACAAACACACACACAUAAAGCAUAAUAAGGAACACUAAAACAGUGUUGACUCUUGUUGUCUCGGAAGACAAACAUUUUUUUCCAGCUAAAAAAUGGAUGUAAUUAAACUAUGUAUU